CGCGUCAGGCUGAGGAAUGUGUGUGUGAGUGCGGUGCCACUGCAGUUAUGGCGUCUAAUCAGAUGGACAGUGGACAUUUACGUUCCGGUCCAGAUAUGAACAAAAUUUGCCAGGACAACGACAAAACGACGGUUUACGAAAAGGCUUUACAGAUGUGCAUAUCGUGUUUUUCUUGUGACCCCGAAUCUAAGGACGACCACUGUGUUACAUGCCGAGAUUUAGGGAUUAUUCCGGGCAAAUCGACACCUCCAUCCAGCCCCCUUAUCCCGGCUAAAGUCGCCGACGGUGAAGGAGUCGAGUAUGAUACCUUGGGCAGUGAAACAGACGCAGAAACAGGAGGAACCACAGGGUACCACCCAACAGGAAGUACAGCUUCACCUCAAAGGCCUUUCGAAGGUGACUCGGCUGGCCAUCCAGCCCAGACAUGUUUGCCAGGACUAGGUUUGCUACUGAUGGCCGUGCUUUUAUCAGCCAGUGGAAUUCCUGUUCUGGUUCUCGUGAUAUUCAAGUUGAAAAGAAUUCGAGCCUCGUUUCAGCGUGUACCUUUGCAGGAGACAGGCCGGUCAGAACCCGUUCAGACAGGGAUUUUACCUCCCAAUCAGAAGGCCUGUGAGAGCGAGGCCUACGUUUAGUGCACCGAUUCUUCCAAUUUCCUUCAUUACGGGAGGGUCGUAGGGGAGGGGAGGGACCUCUCUUUCGAUAGAGCAAGAUAUACGGGGUUUUGGGCUCGCCACUCCCCGGCCCCCCCCC